GUACUUUCUCAUUACAAAAUCAUAAAAAAGUACUAAAAGAAUAUUUUUUUUAAUAAGAAAAAAAAAACGAUGAACAAGUGUCCUAGGUCAUAAAACUUUCCCCGUCAAUUUUGCAUCUGAAAACUCUUUUCUGGUCAUCCUUGUGGAAGAAGGGUCGAUAUCGAUACACCGGAGUUACUUUGAUUCACUCCUCAGAGAAACGAAAGAAAAAAUGCAAUCUCUGUCGCUAACGCUGAGUAAGAGGCUCUCCAAUUCCAAGCCUCUCUUCAGAAUCUCAUCCAACCUCGUCGCUUACGCUUCCACCACCUCCUCUUCUCCCUCUCCGCCACCCUCGCCUCCGAUCUCCGCUCCCACCAACGGCGGCGCCAACGGCCCUUUCUCCACUCUCUCCAACUUCCUCACCGUUCCAUGGUCCGCGACUCAAUCUCGCGGAAUCACACUCUCUGGAUCUGAUGUUAGAGUUGGAAAUCUCAUUGAAAGCCCAGGUCGCGUUCACGAGGUUCUUAAACUGUAUCGCCCUUAUGAAGGAACAGUAAAAGCCACUCUUCAGGUUCCGCCUCACACUGUAGCUGGUUAUGCCACAGUUGCUAAUACAGGGGAUGACAUCAAAAGGAAGGAACGAAACAGUGGAGUGAGGAAUGAAAGCCCAAAGACAAAGAGAGAGCAGCUCCUGAAAUUUACUGCAGCUGUCCCUCUCCUUUUAAUAUACCCGAAUGCCUACUCAUUGCUGUUGGCAAAUUUCUUUUUGUUCUGGCACAUUGAUGCAGGGAUUGCAGAGAUUUUAGCAGAUUAUGUUCACCAGGAAAUGACCCGAGAAUUUGUCUUGAUUUCUCUCAGAUUGUUUUUGAUAAUCGCAAUGAAGGAUGUUUUCGUAAAUUUCAUAUUUGUAUAAUUACUGGUUUGAGCUGACAUUUCCUUACAAUAAGAGCUCAUUGAGGGCCAAACUUGAGAAAACCGUUAUUUGUAGUUUUGUGUCGCUUCUCAAACUUAAAGAGGCGAGGCAACAUGAUAACAUCAUGUUUUAUCAAGUUAAUGGAUGAAUUUUAGCGCGUAUUGUGCAUAUCUUCCGCUGCUAAUUAGUA